AUGUCCACGCGACAGAGGUCCUUCUUUGACGAGAACCCGAAGCCAAAGCAGCAGUUCAAGGGCCAAUGGAACCGCCCACGCAACUUCCCCCACCAAAACAGUAACCAGGCGGCGCCGCAGGCUCGGCAGGUAGUUACUGGCCCUCCCAUCAUGCCUUCGACCCAGACACGUACCAAGCUCAAAGCUUUCCAAUUCAUCGAGGGCGCGCCCACCGCGGAAUCCCUCCGACAGCGCGAGGCGGAGAAGGAAAAUCUACCGACCGCGCGCGGAAAGACACCAAAGCCCAUGGGGACACCAAAGGCGAAUCGUGUCGCGAAAGAUGUGGGAACCACGAACAAGACUCCAAAGCUGCCCACCAUUCUCGAUUGUCCGCCGCCAUCAACUCCCGCCACUACGAGGCUGCCGCUUGCGGAUCUGGUAGGCAACGUCGACGAUUCCUCGAGACACGCGCCGCAACCUGUCGCCUCGCCCGAAGAGACGCUGAUAUGGAGAGGCUCGCAAGCAGUCAACACGCCUUUGCCCCGGAAGAACAAGAAACGCGCUCGGAGCUCUUCGCCCGUCGGACCGUCGCAAGACGAACACAGACUGGACGGUGCGAGGCAAGACAUCACAACACCCCAGGCCGAUCCUGCCAUGGAGCUGUGGUCACGGUACACGAACAACAAGGGAACACCAAGCGCCAACAAGAGCGUGGCAUUUGCACAUCUCAUCAACGAAUCGUCACCUAGGUCGAUGGCUGCUGCUGGAAGUGUCAGUGGACUUCGGAGAUGGGCAAGCUGUGGCGUAGAGUUCCCAGCAUCGACCCGGAAGAAACGGAGAACCCACGGUGUGUUCCAGCCGGAGCAGGAAGCUACAGAGGACGUCUUCGCUGGCGCAUCUAGUUCGAAUGGAAUCAUGCUUGGACAGCCCGCGAAACCCAACAUUGCGAGCAUGGUCCAGCGCAUGAGGGAAUGCGUAUCGAAGUCACAGCCACGCAUAUCGUCACAGAUGCCCUCGAGCUCAUCUCCGUUACCAGGGGCAGGCGAUCGCCAGGACCAAUCGUCGGGCUCUCCUCUCCAGCGGCGUGCACGCGACAAUCUGGCAGAAACCUCCGAAACAAUACGCCACGAGUCGGCACCUCUAGAAGAUACCGUGGACAUGGAUGACGAGCUCGUUCGAGAAGACGAUUACGUGGAAGCGGCACCGAAGCCACCGGCAUCGCAGGGAUCCUCAGAUGAUUUCGGAGAUGACUUCGACGCCGACAUGGUGGAAGCUUUGGACAUAUCGCCUCGACCUGUGCAAACUCCACCGCCCACGAAGUCCGCGCCACCCGCACGCUCCACGAGCUACGUUACCAUACCCACCGAGCCCAUCCAUCCACCCGCACAACAUCACUAUGCAGACCCAGCACCAGAACAAGGCAGUGACGACGAUGAGUUUGGCAUGGAUGACGAGGACGACUUCGCUGCGGAUCUGGAACAUGUAGCAUCGCUGUACGAUACGCGAUCUGUAGAGUCUCCAAUGGCAGAUCAGAGCCAGACCGCAGAGGCCGAAGGCGCAGGAGCUACCGCAAGUGCAGUAUCAGCACCUGUGAUUAGUCUUUUGGACGAUGAUGACGACGAUGACUUUGGAGAGGACAUUGAUGCUGACGAGUUCGCUGCCGCCGAAGUUGCAGCCACCCAAGUACCUGCCAAUACUAUGUCCGAAAAGGUUUUGCUCGUCGAGGAAGAGAAGACAAAGUUAUUCAAGGCGAUCACUCUACGUCAAGCUUGGUUCGAUACCCCAUGCACUACGGGAUCGUUUGUGCAUGUCAUCGGUGACUUUACAAGUACUGGACAGUGUAUCAUUGAUGAUCACCACAACAUGCUCAUUCUUCAUCCUGAUCAUCUCAUCUCAUCGACUGUUGUCGCUGACUCUUUUGGGUGUUUACGACGUGCGGUGCUGCAAGACCGUGUAAAGGCCACAAGCAAGGCGAACGCCCCAAUGCUCUACGGCACACUGCUCCACGAGUUGUUCCAAAAAGCCAUGAAAGCGAACGAAUGGAGUUCUGUAUUCUUAUUGGACACCAUCGAAACGCUCUUACCGAACCAUCUCGAGACCAUACUGGAGAUCAAUUCAACGUGCGAAGCCGUCAAGGAGCAUCUGAGCAGCAAGCUGCCGGAGCUACAGGCAUGGGCUAAGGUGUUCGUUCGCGCAGAACCUCAAGCUGAUGCCGUCGUUCGAGAGCGAAACGGACGUCAGUCGACCAUGAGCAUUAACAAACUACUUGAUGUGGAAGAGCACGUCUGGUCUCCAAUGUAUGGAUUGAAAGGCAACAUCGAUGCUACUGUGCAAGUGACAAUGCGCGAUGAUCUCGGGGAACGCACAUUGACAGUGCCUUUCGAAGUCAAGACUGGCAAGAACUCUUCGAACGCUGCACACGUUGCUCAGACCGCUUUGUACAACCUAUUGUUGUCGAAUCGAUAUGACGUUGACAUUGCUUACGGUAUCUUGUAUUACCUUGAGACUUCCGAAAUCAGCCGUAUUCCUGCGAUUCGCAACGACAUCAUUCACAUGAUCAUCAAGCGCAAUGAGUUGGCCUGCUAUGUUCGAGAUCGCAUCGAGUUGCCACCGAUUCUGAAGGAAGACUUCAAGUGUCAAAAGUGUUACGCACAGGAACCUUGCUUCCUGUAUCAUAAUCUCGUUGAGGAUGGAAAAGGCGAGAUGUUGAACCCGAAGGCGAAAGAAAGAUAUGACGAGCUCGUGAAGCCUCUCCAACCUUCCCAUCAAGAGUUCAUGAAGAAGUGGGACACGCUGUUGACCAAAGAAGAGACGGAUAUGAUGAAGUUUCGACGAGAGUUGUGGACCAUGUUGAGCACCGAACGGGAAAAGCUCGGUCGUUGUUUCUCGAACGUCAUCUUGGAGCCUGGAUCUGCCCAUGAAGACAAGAACGGCCAAAAGAUCAACCGCUACAACUACACGUUUAUCAAACAGCAGCCGGCUCCAGGGUUUUCCUUCACCGAGUCUCAGCUCAUCAUCGGAGAGCCUGUUGUAGUUUCGGAUGAGGAAGGCCAUUUCGCGUUGGCUAACGGAUACGUCACCAACGUGAAAAAGCGUCGUAUAACUGUCGCUGUUGACAAACGUUUGCACAAUUCUCGAACCAAGCUACCCGGUUUCCAUUCACAAAACAACCAAACCUUUGCUGGUAUCAUGGAGGUUACCAAAGAAGGCGAGACUGUGGCGGAAUUUCAAUCUGAUGAGGAGCCCGUACUGUAUCGUCUUGACAAAGACGAAUUCAGCAAUGGUAUGGCUGCAGCACGCAACAAUCUCAUCCAGAUCAUGGACGACAGUGUAUACAAGGCCCACGACCUUCGCGCGCUAAUCGUAGACGGUCGAGCUCCUGCGUUCAAGCCCGUACCAGAUGCGCUGUCAUUGCCUCAGUCAUCGCAAAUGUCCAUGAACUCUGAUCAGCGCACUGCCGUUGCUAAGGUCAUGUCUGCAAAAGAUUAUGCCCUCGUGUUGGGCAUGCCUGGAACUGGAAAAACCACCACGAUCGCGCACAUCAUUCGUACCCUAGUGGCGAAAGGCAAGAGUGUCCUACUUACUUCGUACACCCAUACUGCCGUCGACAACAUCCUUCUCAAGAUUCGAGAUGACAAGAUCGGCAUACUACGCUUGGGUGCUGCGAAGAAGAUCCAUCCUGAAGUUAGAGAAUUUGCCACGCUUGCGGCGGAACCGAAAGACAGUCUCGAAGAGCUCGAAAGAUCGUGGAUGCAGCCGCCAGUCGUGGCUACAACGUGUCUGACCAUCAAUCAUCCCUUGUUCAACCGCCGCGUCUUCGACUACUGCAUUGUUGACGAAGCAUCCCAAAUCACUCUACCUGUAUGCUUGGGGCCCAUUCGUAUGGCUCAGAAGUUCAUCUUGGUGGGCGACCAUUACCAGCUGCCCCCACUGGUCCAGAACAAGGAAGCCAUGGAGGGCGGACUUGAUGUGUCACUGUUUAAGCUCCUUUGCGAGGCUCAUCCACAGGCCGUCGUUAGUUUGGAGCAUCAGUAUCGAAUGUGUGCUGAAGUCAUGCUGUUGUCAAACACUUUUAUCUACUCAGGAAGGCUGAAGUGCGGUACGACUGCUGUCGCUUCCCGCAAGCUUACCCUCCCCCGGCCCGACGGUCUGACUGCUUACCACCAUGGCUCGCAUCAGUCAAGAUCUAAUGAGGUAGAGCCUUGCGUUGGCCCUAAUACCGCACGUUGUUGGAUAUCUCGUUCCUUGUCGCCGGAUCAACCUGUUGUGUUCGUCAACACCGAUCUCAUUUCAUCAACCCUAGAAGCGCAAUCUGGGUCGCGCAUCACCAACACCCUGGAGGCACGGCUUGUCACACAGCUCACGGUGUCUCUUCUCAGCCUAGGUGUCCCUGCGGGAGAGAUUGGCAUCAUAGCAUUCUAUCGUUCACAGCUCGCCCUGCUGCGACAAAGUCUGGCUUCUGCACACACCCAAACUCAAUCCUCUGAACUCGCUGCCCCCGUCAUCAACGGCCAAGGCUGUGCGGGUGUGGAACUACAUACAGCAGACAAGUUUCAAGGCCGCGACAAGGAAGUCGUUAUCGUGUCUUGUGUACGGAGCAACGAGAACGGCACAGUCGGUGAUCUUCUAAAAGAUCGUAGGCGCGUCAAUGUUGCGCUCACACGCGCGCGAUCGAAACUUGUGAUCGUCGGUAGUGAGAAGACCUUGUCAAGCAACGAGCUCUUGCGUGAUAUGGUCGCCCUCUGCCGAGAGAAAGACUGGGUACUUGAUCUCCAACCCGAUAUGGUCGAAUCGCAUAGUUUCGACGAAAGCAUCACACAAACAAGCAAGACACCUGUGAGACAGUCGACCUCUUCCUUGUUCGCCAACAAGAUGGCGAAGAGCCCUAGCCUGACGCCCAGCCCGUCGAAGAAGCGCAAGGCACUUGGCGAUCUCACAGCGAAACCUGGUAAAGUGAACGCUAGGAGUCCAAAGAGAAGAAUUGGCAGUAAAAGCACGAGUGGAAGUCCUGAAGAGAAGAGGAUACCCGGCAAAGUCAUCACAGCAGGAAAGAGGGGCGUGCUGGAUGGCAGACCGAUUUUGAGGGAUAUUUACAAUGGUGCCAUCUAA